CUAGACUACAAGGUUGACGAGCCCGUACCAGGGCCUGGUGCCUGAUACCACGCGGCACGCUGCACUAGUUCUUGCGAAAUGGAGUCGCAGGCGGCCGUCCUAGUGCUCACGUAUCUCAUCUUUCUCUAUGGUGGGUGCGAGGUGUGUGCUGACUGCGACAAUAUAACGCAGUUCUCGACGCAGCUGGAUACGCUGUUGGCAGAAUACGACCGCGAGUCGCCGCCGGCUUCCCUCGUCAUCAUCGAGCUCGACCUCGACCCCAGGCAUGCUUCCAUCCAAGAAGACACGUCUACAGCGCGUAUGCUUGCUGAUUUGCGAAUGACUUGGGAGGACAGUCGCAUCACGUGGAACUCGACAGACUGGGGGUGCGAGAGUGCCCUGGCUCCAGCGGAAAGACUCUGGUUGCCAGACGUAGGGUUGGUAAACGCUGCUGCAACCGGGGACGAAGCUGGACUACGGGCGCGUCUCACCAGCGAAGGCCGAGUCACCUGGCAUACGAGGUUCGACGUCAAUGUACCCGUUGCUAUGCAGCUUAAAGACUGGCCUUACGACGAGCAAACAGUCGCCUUCAAAUUCGCUUCUAGAGGAUAUACCUUGGAACAGGUGGAGUUGGAGUUGAGUGAUGAUCAGCAGCAAGCGACAGUUUCGGAGUCCGGCGCAUGGGAGCUGGUGUCCGUCAUGGGUACACGCGCGGUUUGGAUGCGUGGUACGGACUCGCGGCGGCUGAUCAGCUGGCAGGUCACCCUGAAGCGACGCGGGGCGGCGCACGCGCGGGCUUCUGCCACCGUGCUAUUCGCCACUGUGCUGUUAUUGGCGGCUGCGAUGGUGUUACCCCCUGAGCACAGACACCCGCUAUACGCCACUGCUGCGUUCGUUGCGACUCUUUGGUUGAUAUCAGCGCUGCUCCGGCUACCGAGCUCAGCGUCCACGCCAACGCUGCUGACGCUGCAGGGGGCGCUGUGCGCGUGCGGCGGCGUGCUGAGCGUGCUGGCCGCGCUCGUGGCCCGCGUGGCGGUCUUCACGUCGACCCCACCGCACGCUCUACGGCAGUUCGUGUUCACUGCCUCCAAAAUUUGCAAACUCUCAUUGCAAGAGGAGCUGUCUACGGAGGGCACGUGGCGUGCGGCGGCGCGGCUGCUCGAUAUGAUCGUGCUGGCGGUGGCCGCGCUGGUGCUCUUCGUGCUCACGUGCUACGCGAUAUCUGUGCUUUAAUUCUUAGCUCUUCACCGUUGCCGUUUGCCUUAUAACCGUUGGGUAUUGACUGUUAAUUGGUAAUUCGAUUAGGGCUAAAAUAAUCGAAUAAUAAUCGAUUAUUAAUGAUUAAUCGAUUUUAUUGAUAAAAGUUCCGUAACUACAAUGUAUGUAUAGUUUAAAUCAAGAACAUUCUGAUUGAUUUACGUAUUUUUAGUGGGAAUAUUUGCCUAGUUUUGGGACUAAGAGUUCCGGAGAAUCGCGAAACUAGUUGAGCAAUUUCGAAUAAGCAUAUCGAACAAUUUAAAUACGUAAAUCAUUCCAACUAUUCUUACAUUAAGACUAAUCGAUUAUAAUUGACUGAAAUAAUCGAUAAUACGAUAUAAUAGAUUAAUAAUAAUUCACAGAUAGUAUUCUUUUGAAGGUCACAGUGGAGAUGGAAAUGUAUUGUGUGAUGAUAUAUGGUGUUCAACGUACAAAAUUGGUAGGACCACAGUAGGUCCUACAUUAAAAAAUUGGUUGAAGAAAGAUCAAAUAACGAUGACGAUGAUUUUGAACAAGCUAUCGAUAUAAUCGAUACUAUUGCUAGUUUAUAUGUAAUCGAUAAUAUUCGUAAAUCGAUAUUUAGAUUAUUCUGAAUGAACACAAUCGAUUAAUUGAUAAUCGAUUAUUAUUAAGCAACACUAGUGGCUGUAGAUGUUCUUAAUAAUAUAUCAAGUGCAAGGGUUUUCAAAGUUAAGUCAGAUAUUGGUGUACAUUUAUCAACAAUGCAAUCAGAUCCUUCUCAAUCAAAAUCCAAAUUAUAUUAAUUAUAAUAUUAUUUUUAAAACUCAAGUUCAUUUUUUAUCUGAUACAUAUAUAAUGAAAAAAUAACAUUAUACAGGUAUAUUUAUUUUAUAACAAUUCCGACAGAAGACAUGAAAGCUCAUGUCUAUAGGCGACGGUUACCACUUUCCAUCAAGUGGGGCGUCAGCUUGUUUGCCAUUCUAAGUUGUAUAAAAAAAGAAGAACCAAUCAAAAAAAUUAGGACAAGAAAUUUGUUACUCUUUUCAAAUAAAUUUUAUCGAUAUUAUGCAAAGCGAUUUAUGAUUAUUUAUUUACCAGUAGUAGCCACGUUUGCCAAUCAAUAGCAAUGAAUUUACAGUGUACAGAGGUAUAACGCCAUAGUCCUCAGGAGUGGCAACCGCAGUUAGGCACCAAAUAGAUAAUACUUUUCUAAUAUUAUUACAAGAAUAACAAGUCACAAAGUAUAUAUGUUACACGUCAUGCACUAAAAUUUUUCAUACUACGCGACAAUCUCGGUUAGAUUUAUCACAUUUAACCCAAUUUUUUUGUUUUAAAUAGGUAUCUUCGGUUUAAUCCUUAUUAUUACUAUGCUUUAUACAGUUUCUUCGUUGUAGAUUCUCCAAAUAAUUAAAUAAAUAAAUGCAUAAAUAACUCGCGACCCCCGCUUUUGGGGGUCACCAUACCUCCUCAAGGUGACGCGAUCCCCACUUUGAAAACCCCUGUACUGGUACCGGUAAACUAUGGUAGUUGUAUGACUUUUUGUAUUACAUGUUAGUUUUUUUUAAAAUUAGGAAAAAUAUUGCUGCUUGUUACCUAGAUAUUUGACUUAUUAAAUUACUAAAACUGAAAGUUCGUUUUGAAAAGAUGAACUUAUUUUGUGUGAUCCAAUUUUCAACCGAUUUAAAAAAAUAAGGUUCUCUAUUAAAAUUUACUGGGUACAGAGGAAUAACACCUGAGUCCUCAGGAAUGGCAACGCAUGAGGGUAUCAUGGGCGAAACAGUAUACUCUGUUAUGUCCAUGGUACUGCUCAUGUCUAUAGGCGACGGUUACCACUUUACAUCGGGUGGGCCGUCAGCUUGUUUGUCAUUCUAAGUUGUAUAAAAAAAAAAAUAUCCAUAAUGUAGAAUAAUAUCCAUCCAUCCACAUAAACUUUCGUUUUUAUAGAAGUACUAUAGAAGGUGUCCCGUAAGUCAUGGAUCAAACGGAUUCUAGCAAUAGUGGAGAUCACUCCCUAACAAAAACAAAAAAUAAACAAAAAAUAAUUAAACCAAUAGUUUACAAAAUAA